CACACCCUCCGGUCCCACCUCCUCCUCCCCACCCGACCUCGCCACCGCCCGCUCUCCAUGUCGGCCCCGGCAUCGACCAACGUCUCCGAGCUCCUCGCGACCGCCCACUGGGCCGCCCUCGCCCACAGCCAGCAGCGCCGCAAGUCGGGCGCACAGCCUGCCUACAUCCAGCACCCGCUCCACGUCGCCUCCCUCCUCGCCGCACCCGCCUCGUCCCUCCACCCGGACCCGCCCCUCGAGGUCCUCCAGGCCGCUAUCCUCCACGACACGGUCGAGGACACCCACGUCACCGAGCAAGACUUGCUCGAACGCUUCGGCCCCGUCGUCACACGGAUAGUUCUCGAGUGCUCGGACGAUAAGGACCUCAACAAGGAGCAGCGCAAGCAGGCCCAGAUCGACUCGGCGCCGCACAAGUCGGACCAAGCCAAGCACGUCAAACUCGCCGACAAGCUGUCCAACCUGACCGACCUCAUGAGCCCCGAGGGCCGACCAGCAGGGUGGAGCGUCAAGCGCAUCCAGGAGUACUUUAUCUGGGCCAAGCGCGUGACAGAUGGCUGCGUCGACGUCAACCCGGGCCUCGGCGCACAACUCGACGAGAUCUACCGCUCGGCCACGUUCGAGCACGGCGGCAAGACGUACCCUUGCCAUCCGCACUACGAGUGAGCGAGGAACGACAGAGCGUGCGACGAUUUGCGU